AUGCAGACCUUAUUUGCGUUGAUUUUAAUGCUCACCGUGCUGCAAAGCCACGUGGAUUCGAGUCGGUUUUUGGACAAUUCCUGCGAGGAUCCGAUUUCAAAACAAAUGGUUUCGAACUCAGUUCGCGAUCAACGGGCUGCUUGGUUGGCAUCCAUAACUAAUGCCACCCAGUUCCUUUGUACUGGCUCGCUGAUUCACAAACAGUACGUUUUAUCUGCUGCCAAAUGCAUGGAUGUUCACGGGCAGCUAUUCGUUCGACUGGGAGCAUACACUUCGACAGAAUCCCACAAUUUGUAUACGGUGAUCGGAGUAUUCUUCCCACAUUCCGAGAAACAACCCCAAAGUGAUAUAGGACUGCUUAAGCUCUCAAGAAGCGUGGAUUACAAUGAUCUUAUAUAUCCCAUAUGCAUUAUUAUAAAUGGCAAAACUUCGGGUCAGCCAUACUUCAAAACCUCUGCCUGGCUUUCGAAACUCAAGACUUCUCGAACCAUCAUUCUACACAAAGUGAGUGACGAUCUCUGCCAAUUGAACUCGACGGAAAACAUGUGUGCUGCUGCUGGGUCAUAUAGGAAAUCCUGCCGCAUCGAUUCUGGAAGUCCUUUGACUUAUACCGUCGUUUUGGGUUCAAGUAUAACUCGGGAAGUGCUGUUUGGUAUCCGCAGCUAUGGCAAUGGAGAAAAAUCGUGUUCUGAAGCGGCACAUUAUAUCAACGUAGCACAAUAUGUCGGCUGGAUUGAGACAGUAGUAACAAAUAAUGGCAAAAAUGAUCUCAUGGUUGCACCGCAAAAAGUAGAACAACCUGUGCAGCACACACAGUCUGCGAUUCGAUGCGAUGGUGGUGAUAGCUUGUCAACGAAACUACGAGCUCGUAUUUAUGGACCUAAUUACAUAGCCCAGGGUUGGUUUAUCACCGACAGAUAUGUCAUCACAAAUGCCAAGGGCUUACCGACAAGUGCGGCGUCUCUAAACGUAGGUCUGCCGGGAACCACCAGGUCCUACGAUGAAUUCAAUGUGCAAUCGGUCGUCAAGCACCCACAGUUUUCUGAGGAUUACAAAAAUGACAUAGCACUGCUCAGAAUCGAUCCACCGGUGGCCAUAGGCAACUUGAGGCCAAUAUGUAUGCUGCUAAAAGAGAAGCAUCGGGAAAUGGCCAAGUCGAAUCCACCAGUUACGUUUAACUAUGUGCAAACCGCAGAUCGCAUAGAAAUUUUAAGAGAAAACGCCACACUCUUAGACUCCAGUGUAUGCUCAAAUAGGCUGCAAAAAACUGUAGAAGCGAAUCAAAUUUGUGUGCAAACUCCGUUCGAAACGGGCCAGAACAGUGCAACACGUGGCGGCCUAUUGGGAUUAAGGAUGAUGUAUGAGGCCAAGGAGUGGCUCGCCCUGCUCGGCAUCCUCAGUUAUUCACAGGAUGGCUUGGAAGUCUUCACAGAUGUUAUGGCACACACCCAGUGGAUUGCCGAAGUGGUUAACUCUGAUCAACAACUGAAACUAAAUGUUCCUGAUCAGCACACAAACUCUUAA